AUAUAUUCCCUCGGAGCAAAGUGUUGCGGAAUUCACAUCAGCCAGGGAGAAGCCCGCUGACAGCUGCAACUGCAAGCCGCCACGGGCUGAGCUGAGGCUGUGUCGAUCCAUCCGUAUUCAGGAAAACAACGCCAAUCAAUCCAGUCCAGAGGAAGGGCGAUGGCCGCCGCUAGGAUCGCCGCCUGCACCACCUCCGCCCGCACCGCCCUCGCCUUGGCAGACGACCCCGCGCCGCCGGACACGCUGGACGUGGUGCGCCGGCAGCGCCAGCUCCUACGCCGCGCCGCGGCCCUCUGCCUCGACCCCAUCGCCGAGGAGUCCGACGGUGGCAUCGACUCUGCCUCCGACGUCCACUCCUUGGGCCGGAGCCGGAGCCGGGGCCAGACCGCCGCCACCUCCGCACUGCCGGCGCGUCCCUGAGGAUCUGAACCGUCAAAGACGAGACCUUUUCCUUCUUGCCAUAGGAGUGGAGUUUUUUCCCGUGGGUUUUAAGAAAUACUCCGUACAAUGUAUAUGUUGUUACUAUAGUAAUAUUAUAGAAUAUAGACCAAAAGCUGUUUCAGACACCGUUGCAAAAUAGAGCUUUCAAUAUCAUGGUUUAA